AUCUCGUAUAAAAUACGGUUCAUAAAAUAACUUUAAAGUAUGUACUUAUACCUACGCCUACCAUGAAGUACUUUUUAUUCUUUUUCGGUUUCACACUGAUCUGUAGAAGAGGGUGGACUUUUAUAUUGGCGAACAAGCGAAUUUUUUACCAAAAUUGCGAAAUUUUUAAUAACGUAGAUUUGUAUGAUGGUCCAGUAUGUGGUAGUGAUGGCAUUACUUAUGCCAACGAUUUAUACCUGGACUGCGUUAACUAUCAGACAUUUCAGAACGUGAUACCAAUGCAUUCUGGAUAUUGUUUACCGGUGGAUGAUUACUGCAAGAUAAAUCUGUUUUAUCGGCCGAUCUGUGGAUCGGAUGGGCACACGUACACGAACCUGGAAUCACUUUCAUGCGUUAAUUACAAUCGUUCGCAGAAUGUAACAGUAGUUUUAAGCGGUCCUUGCAAAGUUAUGGAUCGCUGUUAUAGCUACAAGACCUUAUCGUACGGUUCCAACGGUGUCUGCGCGAAUAAUGGUUUGACCUAUGGAAACGCGGCUCAGGUGAACUGUCUCCGACAGAUUAACGUUGAUCUGAGGAUUCUUCAUAACGGUAGUUGCACGGUUAGGGAGGUUUAUGAUAUUUAUGACAGCGUCGAAAAGAUCUGUGACAUUGCCAAUAGUAGGUUCGAAUGGAAUCCAGUGUGUACUUCAGAUGGCGUUACAUAUCAUAAUCCUUUUAAGUUUUUGUGUUACAAAGCUCGUGAUUUGAAGACGUUGGUAUCAGAUAACGAGUGCGAGAAGAACACGCAGUUCUCGUGUGCUCAUCUCAAAUCCUCUGCUAAGACCUUCAGUGCAAAGGACGAGGUUUGCGGAAACGAUGGCGUUACCUACCAAAGUAUCCAUCACUUACAAUGCCACAACAAUCAAAAUAAAUAUUUGUCCCUGAAGCAUUCUGGAGCCUGCGUCGACCCCGACGACAACCCCUGCAGAUCCAUACCCGAGGAAAGUCUCCGAUUUCCGGUGUGUGGAAGCGAUAACUUGUCGUACGUGAGCCCAGAGGCUUUAUGGUGCGCGAAAUUGAAGUUUCCAGAUAAAAGUGAGCUAAUCUUGCUUGGUCUUUACAAACUUCAAACCCUAAAGGCUAUCAUGAGCGAAAUUUCAUAUAAAUUUCCUUCCAAUAUUACCAUCCUAUAACGAGACCAUCACGGGCGAUAAUUUUUCUAUUCUUUAUCCUAAUAUCCAAUCAUAC